AUGAACGAAACGUUCAGCGAUGCCAUCGGCAAGUACAUAGAAGUGUAUAUGGAUGAUCUGGUGAUUAUGAGCAAAGAAGAAGGCACGAUGCUGGCUAACAUCCAAAAGACUUUCAACACGCUGCGCAGCGUAAGUAUCAAAUUGAAUCCAGCAAAGUGCUCAUUCGGUAUGGAAGAAGGGAAAUUCUUAGGCUUCAUUGUCACAAAAGAUGGUUUCAAGGUAAAUCCAGAAAAAGUCCAAGCAAUUGAAAGGAUGCCUUCCCCAUCAGACAUCAAAGAAAUGCAAAAAUUAGCAGGACGUUUAGCUGCACUCAAUCGUUUCCUAGCUAAUCACGCUGCAAAAUCCUUUCCCUUCAUCAAGACAUUGCGCAACUGCAUGAAGAAAAGCCAAUUUCAAUGGACUCCGGAAGCAGAGAGUGGAUUCCGCGAGAUGAAAGAUUGCCUCAUCAAGCUGCCAACAUUAACCGCACCAAACAAAGGAGAGCCCUUGGUACUAUAUCUAUCAGCUUCUGAUAAGGCAGUAGGAGCAGUGUUACUUGUCGAUCGUCAAGGUACUCAAACACCAGUCUACUAUGUGUCGCGAACCUUGACCGACCCAGAAACUCGAUACGCCAUCAUGGAGAAACUAGUCCUCGCGCUGAUUCAUGCUUCAAGACGGCUGUGCAGGUACUUCGGCAACCACGUUAUCCAUGUGCUAACAAAUUACAACAUUGGCAACAUCCUCGCAAGGCCAGAAAUAUCAGGAAGACUAGCCAAAUGGGCAAUAGAGCUAGGAGGCCACAAUGUGGUUUUCAGACCACGGCCAUUAAUCAAAGGCCAAGUCUUGGCAGAUUUUAUGACAGAAGUUCCAGAUGACAAAGAUAGAGAAUGUAAAGCAAUGGAAAAAGCUGAGAAAAAGCAAACAGAAGAGCCAUGGUUGUUAUACACCGACGGCGCGUCUAACGAAGACGGAGCAGGCGCAGGGCUAAGGUUGGUAAGCCCCGACAAACAUGAAUUCACGUACGCCAUACGCCUGGAUUUUAAAAGCACAAACAACGAAGCCGAGUAUGAAGCUUUCCUGGCUGUCUUACGAUUGGCGAUCAAAAUGGGGGUCCGACACAUCGAAGCGCAUGUGGACUCCAUGCUAGUAGCAGGGCAAAUCAACGGCCAAUACGAAGCCAAGGGGGAUGUUACGGCACUCUAUCUCAGCCAAGCAAAAACAUUGCUACAAACCUUCUAUUCCUACAAGGUGCACCACAUAAACAGAUGCGAGAACAAGCCAGCAGACGCGCUGAGUAAACUCGCAUCAACAAGUUUUCUACACCUAGCAAAGGAUGUGCGCAUAGAAGUUUUGAGCAACCCAUCAGUUCCACUCAGAGAAGUAAGCGUCAUCCAAACAGGGACAACUUCUUGGAUGACCCCAAUAAUCAUGUACCUUCAGUCUGGGAUUCUCCCGGAAAACAAAGCGGAGGCAAGAAAAAUCCAAUACAAGGCCGAGCAUUACCAGAUGGCAGACGGAAUUUUAUAUAGGAAGUCAUACCUAGGCCCGUCGCUAAGAUGCGUAGAUGCCGAAGACGCAAACUACUUAAUCCGGGAAGUUCAUGAAGGAAUUUGUGGUAUUCAUGCCGGGCUUCGAAUGGUGGUGGCAAAAGUGAUGAACGCCGGGUACUACUGGCCCGAGAUGCAUUUAGAUGCUGUGAAAGAGUUGAGGAAGUGCAAUGGAUGCCAGAGACAUGCGCCCAAGACCAUGCGCCCCAAAAAUGAACUAGUACCAGUCACAACCGCAUGGCCCUUUCAACAAUGGGGCAUAGACAUGGUAGGUCCUUUCCCGGAAGCACCAGGGGAGGUCAAAUUCAUAAUAGUCGCAGUCGACUAUUUCACCAAGUGGGUAGAGGCGAAAGCACUUGCAUCAACCACAUCAACAGUCGUCAAGCGAUUCAUAUGGGAGCAAAUCAUAUGCCGUUUUGGCCUACCUCUCAGAACCAUCACCGAUAACGGAACUAACUUCGCAGCAGACGACCUCGAACGAUGGUUCAAAGAACUACACAUCGAACACACCUUCUCUUCGGUUGCGCACCCGCAAGGGAACGGUCAAGUAGAGGCAGUCAACAAAAGUAUCGUUGAUGGUAUCAAAGCAAGCUUAGGCGAGAAAAGAAGAGGAUGGGUAGACGAACUGCCCAGCAUAUUGUGGGCCCAUAGGACAAUGCUGAAGACAAGCAACGGUGAGACACUGUUCAGCUUAGUCUACGGGUCUGAAGCAGUCAUUCCAGCAGAAAUCGGAGUCCGAGUCUGCACUUUCAAUCCGGGAGAUCACGUCCUAAGAGACAAUGAAGCUUCCAAUGCAGAAAAACCCGGAAAACUGGCUCCCAAAUGGGAAGGCCCAUAUGUCAUCGAUGCAGUGCUCGGCAAGGGAGCUUACAAACUACGCACCAUCAACGACAAAGAGGUUCUGCGAACCUGGAACGCUCAGCAACUCAGAAAGUGCUACAUGUAA